AUGGAUGCCAUGGUGAUGAACACGACGAUGAUGAUGGCACAUCUUGAUAAUUCAGAUGAACCACAAGGACGCGGUUCACGUCGUGGCCGCUCUCCUAAUCACCCCAGAAAUAGGGUAUCUGGGGGAAUUAGUCUCAUGGCAGAUUACUUCAUCGAGCGUCCGAUCUUUAGGGCAGAAGAAUUUCGUCGGAGGUACCGAAUGCACACCCAUUUGUUCAACCGCAUCAUGACGAAGCUCUGCAACCACGACCCUUAUUGGCAUCAAAGAGCAGAUGCCACUGGACUACUAGGGUUGCUGCCCCAACAAAAGAUGACAGGUGCCCUCCGAAUGUUGGCGUACGGCGCAGCUGCUGAUCAGUGUGCUGAGAUAUGCAUGAUGGGGGAAUCAACUACACUAGAGUGCAUGAAGAAGUUUUGCCAACAGGUGAUACAUCAUUUUGGUGGCGAGUAUCUCCGUGCUCCAACAGAGACUGACCUUAAAAGGCUUCUUGCUAGAGCUGAUCAGCGAGGAUUUCCAGGAAUGAUUGGAAGCAUUGACUGCAUGCAUUGGGAGUGGAAGAACUGUCCAACCGGAUGGCAUGGGGCUUACAGCGGCCGGAAAGGUCGUCCCACCAUAAUACUAGAGGCGGUGGCCUCGCAUGACACAUGGGUAUGGCAUGCUUUCUUCGGUGUACCAGGAGCUCAAAAUGAUAUUAAUGUCCUUGAUCAAUCACCUGUGUUUGAAGGGCUCAUUGCCGGAAACACACCGACUGUGAUGUUUUACGCCAAUGGUAGACGAUAUAGCAAUGCUUAUUAUCUCGCCGACGGAAUAUAUCCAAGGUACUCCACAUUUGUAAAAACAAUUCCAAACCCUGAAUCACAAGCACAAAAACUAUUUACAAAGAAACAAGAAGCAUACCGCAAAGAUGUAGAGAGGUGUUUUGGCAUCCUGCAAUCUCAGGAUGAAUUUGUAGAAGAAGAAUAUGUCAAGCCGGAAGAAGAAGAUCUACUAAACCCAUUGGCUGCAAGAGUUUAUGAUGGGCCAGUGGAUCCUCAGGGGGUUCGAAUUCCUUUUUUACCAGUGGAAAGAGAUGGACGGAACCAACAUGCAUUUUGGGAUCGUAUUGACCACCUCGAGUCAGCUUAUAUCCACAACCUUCUUCAGAAUGAUUUAGUGGAGCACAAUUGGACUUUGGAAGCCAACCAACAAUAA